AUGAGUUAUAAUCAACAGACUGGAAAUAAAGAAUUCAUCUAUAGAGAACAGAAAGGAGAUGUGGUACUGCGAAAUGUUGAAACAAAUAUGUCUACAGUGUUAAUCGAAGGCAAAAAAAUUGAAUCACUGAGAGCCAUCAGAUAUGAAAUAUCACCAGAUAAAGAGUAUGCGCUUUUUUCAUAUAACGUGGAACCUAUAUAUCAACAUUCCUACACUGGAUAUUAUGUCCUGAGCAAAAUUCCUCAUGGGGAUCCCCAAAGCCUUGAUCCACCAGAAGUGAGCAACGCCAAACUGCAGUACGCAGGAUGGGGCCCUAAAGGACAGCAGCUGAUAUUUAUCUUUGAAAAUAACAUCUACUACUGUGCACAAGUCGGAAAGCAGGUGAUCCGCGUGGUUUCCACUGGGAAGGAAGGAGUCAUUUACAAUGGCCUCAGUGACUGGCUGUAUGAAGAGGAGAUCUUGAAGACGCACAUCGCACACUGGUGGUCUCCCGACGGCACGAGGCUGGCCUACGCCACCAUCAACGACACCCGGGUCCCCCUCAUGGAGCUCUCUACCUACACGGGCUCGGUCUACCCCACGGUGAAGCCCUACCAUUAUCCCAAGGCUGGAUGUGAAAACCCCAGUAUUUCCUUACAUGUGAUUGGUUUAAAUGGACCUACCCAUGACCUGGAAAUGAUGCCACCAGAUGAUCCAAGAAUGAGUAUAGUGUUCCAGCGAGUCCGUUCUGACGUACACAGUGACACCAUCGGGGCCAGAAAACACGAAGACGAGAGUGAAGCCUGGCUCCACAGACAGAAUGAAGAGCCCGUUUUCUCCAAGGACAGCCGGAGGUUGUUCUUUGUGCGAGCCAUCCCCCAAGGAGGACGGGGAAAGUUCUAUCACAUCACCAUGUCCUCAUCCCAGCCCAACAGCAGCAAUGACAAUAUUCAGUCAAUCACCUCUGGGGACUGGGAUGUGACUAAGAUUCUGGCCUACGACGAGAAGCAGAGUAAGAUUUACUUCCUCAGCACGGAGGACCUGCCAAGACGAAGACAACUUUACAGUGCCAGCACCGUGGAAGGCUUCAACAGGCAAUGCCUCUCCUGUGACCUGAUUGAGAACUGCACCUACUUCAGUGCCUCCUUCAGCCACAACAUGGAUUUCUUCCUGCUCAAGUGUGAAGGUCCUGGAGUCCCCAAGGUGACCGUGCACAGUACCAUAGAUAAUAAGAAACUGUUUGACCUAGAAACAAACGAACAUGUACAGAAGGCCAUAAACGACCGGCAGAUGCCCAAAGUAGAAUACAGAAAGCUCGAGAUAGAUGAUUACAACUUGCCAAUGCAGAUCCUGAAGCCGGCUACCUUUACAGACACAACCCACUAUCCCCUGCUCCUGGUGGUGGAUGGAGCCCCAGGGAGCCAGAGUGUGGCAGAAAAGUUUGAAGUGAACUGGGAGACGGUGAUGGUGAGUAGCCAUGGAGCUGUGGUGGUGAAGUGUGACGGCCGUGGCAGUGGGUUCCAAGGAACGAAUCUCCUGCACGAAGUGAGGAAGAAACUGGGCUCUCUGGAGGAGAAGGACCAGGUGGAAGCCGUAAGGACAAUGUUGAAAGAACAGUACAUUGACAAAACACGUGUUGCUGUGUUUGGGAAGGAUUACGGUGGCUACCUGAGCACUUACAUCCUCCCAGUGAAGGAUGAACAUCAAGGUCAGAUUUUCGCCUGUGGCUCUGCUCUCUCUCCGAUAACAGACUUCAAGCUCUAUGCUUCUGCCUUUUCUGAACGGUACCUGGGUCUCCAUGGACUUGACAACAGGGCAUACGAGAUGACCAAGGUGGCACACCGCGUGUCUGCCCUGGAGCAGCAGCAGUUCCUCCUCAUCCAUGCCACCGCUGACGAAAAAAUCCAUUUCCAGCACACGGCAGAACUCAUUACACAACUAAUUAAGGGAAAGGCUAAUUACAGCUUACAGAUCUACCCUGAUGAAAGCCAUUACUUCCAUAGCGCCUUCCUCAAGCAGCACCUGUACCGCUCCAUCAUCAACUUCUUCGUGGAAUGCUUCAGGAUCCAAGACAAACUCCCCACAGUCCCAACGAAAGAGGAUGAAGAAGAGGACUAACCCCGAGUCAGCUCUAAGCACAAGCGAGGCUCCUUCUCUAACAAUAUGCAACUGAGAAAUGUCCCCUGCCCUCCGUCUCCCCUCCGAGGGCUGAGGGGAGGCCAGAGGGCUCCGUUUCAUAGCAUGUGUGUCUCAGAGACCAAGGCAGCUUUGCUCCGGAAAUAAGCUCCUUCCCCGGGUGGAGGUACGUCAUCAAGGGUGCCCGAUUCCAGAUGGGAACAACAAGCCUCGGUGGCAUUGCUUUCUCUUUGCCUCCUGGGAACCCCUGCUGGAUCAGACAGCCCCUCCCACAAGGAACCAAGCAUGAGGAACCAUGGUAGCAAAGGCCUGUGUGGAGGCCUGGAAGAAACUGGCCCUUACAUUCGAGCUCUCCAGCCGUAGCAUUAAGACCUGCUGUCUACUUUAGAGUACCACGUUCAUGAAGACCUACCAUCUACUUCCGCAGCACCACAUCCUGUUCCAUGUAACUGUGCCGUGGCCGCCACAAGGGCAGCACAAUUCUGUUUAACAGUCCCGGUCCCCGUCUUGGCUUGCCCCUUUCUGCAAUCCGGAGAUUCCACAUCGCCAAGGACCGGCACGGAGAUGACAGACGUCCUUCUGUACAAAAUAUGACUGCGGCGAUGCUAAUGGUUAACCUUAAGGCGUUCGUUUGUGUUUUUCUAUGAUUUUCCCUGACACUCCACAGUCUCCCAUCAGGGGGUUGUUUGGCUGUGUUUCACUUUGUUGUGUUCCUUUGUUUUGUUUUCCUUGGUCAGCGUGUAACUGUGCUGCUUUGGGGAUGAAGAAACCGCCGGAGAGUAACUGCUCUCUUCUAAGGGGCUUCUUGAGACUCCGCGGAGACGUGGCAAAGAUCUGAGAGGGAGCAACAUCAGGUACUGUUCACUAAAAACAACAAACAAAAAGUGGACUCAAGAGCACUGCUCUACCACACAGCUGUUGAUUCACUGUUGUCUGUCUGCAUAUCUCCUUAAAACCCUCCUCAUCCACCUCAGUACGUUGGCAGGCUUUUCUGAUGGCAUUUGGUUAAGAAACAAACAAAAAAGAGACAAUGCUUUGAUUCCACCCCGGGUCCGUGGUAUAUGCCAGCGCCACACACACACCUCAAUUCCUGUCAAGAGUUACAGUCUCAGAACCUCUCAGGGGCAGUUCUACCCUGUCCCACAGAGCCACAGGGGUCUCUAGGGAGCUGGGGAUGAGGCAGUGCCUCAGGCUGUCAUCCGGGAUCUCUUCGAUGCCCUUACCCUGCUGCAUCCAGUAAGGGUGAUGUCCUAUGUUAGCCUUGUGAACUACCCUUUGACCAAGUGUACAGCCAGUAUCCACAGUGUAUAUUUCAUUUUGUUGUAUAUAGAAAAGGAAUGUGCGUCCGUCAUUGUGCACUUGUCCCCGGUCCACACGCCCACCCACAGUACUAAUCUUGUGUUUAGCAUGCAUGCUAACACUCUUUGGCUGAUCUGAAACUCUCUAGAAGUGCUAGUUUGAAAUCUAUCCAUUUCUGUCCUUUCCUUUUGAGCUUGUUGACAACCCAAAUGUCAGGGAAGAUGUCUCCGGUUCCUGGUCCUGCUGUGGGUGUCUCUGGCAUCUCGUUGGCAGAGAAGCUAUGUCCAUGUUGCUAUUUUUGGUGUUUGGGGGUUUGGGUGUCAUCCACAUGAACUUUGGAGGUGAAGUCGAUUGGCAGAUCUCCAUCCCAGGAUUUCUUUAAGGUGAUGCGCCGUCAUUUGUGAGAAGAGCCAACAUGCCGACACACUGGACCGAUCUGAGGGCUACAUGUUCAUGCUUUUGCUGUUUCAGUGGGCUGGACCGACAACGAAGCCAACAUGGUCGAAAGGGGAUGCCAGCUCUGGCCACAAGGUCUGGUAGGAGGGAAGUGAGGAUGUGGCAUGGUAGCGUUUGUUCAUCCAUGGAAUAAAGCAUUAUUUUACCACUCGGA